AUGACGGAAGAUCACGAUGAACAUGGUAUUGAACGCAAUCGUAUCAAUGGUUCAUAUGAUUUAAAAUUGGAAGAUUUUGCCUGUGCAUUAUGUAAGAAAAUUCUUUGGAAGCCGGUUGUCUGUAAGAAUUGCUCGACACCCUUUUGCUCGGCUUGUAUUGCGGAUCGAUCUGAUGAACAGUCAAAACAAUGUGUAAACGGAUGUGAAGAGUUUGUCGAAAGCAAAUGUCCUCGAUUUAUUUUACAGCAACUAGGCAGACUAAAUAUCGCAUGUGCUAACCAUCCACAUGGAUGUACAGAGAUCAUUGCUUAUGAAGCAUUAGAAGCACACGAAACGGAAUGUGGUUAUCAACAGCAAUCAUGCCGUGGCUGUGAAACAGUAUUACCAAAAAAAGAUUUGAUUGAUCACGAAAAUAAGUGUGAUUUAUUCGAUUUGACAUGUUCUGAAUGCAAUAUGAAUUUCAAGAGACGCGAUACUGAUCUACUACAUACAGAAUUCAAGUGUCUUAAAGAACAGUUUCGACAACUACGAAAUCAAUUUGAAACUAAUAAAAAUGCAACAAGCCAACAAAUUCAACAUUUAUCAAGCAUUCAUCAACAGCUUCGAGAAGAGUACGAAGCGUACAAGCAACUGGCCGAAGAACAAGUUAAACAAAUAAUAAUAAAAAAUUAUGAAUUUCAAGAAAAAUUUGAACCAAAUAACAAACCAACAAACGAAAGAAUUAAUCAAAUUGAGCAAAGUGUUCAAAGUUGCAAGCAAGGAUCAGAUGGAAAAAUUCAAGAUCUGAUCGAAACACUUGAAAAAUACAAAAAAGCCGAUAUUCGUUGUUAUUGUGGUGGUCAUUUUUGUCGUACCUGUGCUGGCUGUAGUGAUUGGAAGCGUGAUGGCAACAAUUGGAAACGUGUUGGUAAUGGUUGUCAUCUAAGUCAUUCUUCUUCUUCUGUUCAUAAUCAAUCAAUAAAAGCAACAACAUCUUUCACGACUCUUCUUGAACAACUCAAUUCUAAUGCAAAUGUACAACUACCAUAUAUUCUUCCAUACGAAAAUACUGGACGUAAGAAUAUUACUACUAAAUAUGAUUUCACUCGAGCAGUUGUUACCAUCGCUCAUCUCAUACCGUUAAAAAAUGAAGUGAUUGUAGCAAGUGGUUUUGCAGUACUAGAUGGAGGACUUAUUGUCACAUGUGCACAUACAUUUUAUCAAGCUGCUCGACAUCUCUCCUGUUCAGAACUUGAUCAGAAGUCACAAUCAAUAGUAAUAACUGAUGAAGGAGAACUGAUCCCAGUUGCAACAAUUGAAUCACAUUUAGUUCGAUCAGAUAUAGUUUUACUUAGGUUGCAAGGAGGACGACAAAUUCCAUCCUUAGCAGUCGAUCCAUAUCCUGCACCAAAAUCUACGUCCUUAUUAUCAUAUAACUUUGUAACAGCGUCUCUCACCUCAACUUCUCGUCCUACUAUUUCAUAUUCAUGGAAACCAGCAGAAGUCUUAUUUUAUAAAGGUCCAUGCGGUCAGGAAGCAGCAACCGGUACAUAUGAUGAAUUGAGUGCUAUGAUGUAUUCACAUCCACCUUCGAAUGGAUCGAGUGGUGGACCAAUUGUGAAUGAAGAAACAAAGAGUGUCGUUGGAAUUAUUCGUGGAAGUGAAGUGAACUAUGCCACUAGGAAAUCUAUUGGUUUUGCUACGCCAAGUGAAUGUUUAUUUGAAGCUUUCAAGUUACCUGGAAUGCCUGAUGGAUUGGAAUAG